GGGAGGCGUGGAAAAAUUUAGAUGGCUUUUCUCCAGGAGUCUUGGAGUUGUGUGUUCUGUCCCAGGCUGGAGUGAGUGGCACUGCUCCUCUGGAGAGCACGCAGUCAGUUAAACUAACCAGCGUCUCCAGGACCCGAGUUAAUUAGCAUCAUCCUUGCCUGACACACCCAGCACAGUUCACUGAGGGGAUUACCAGGAAGAUAAUGACCUAAGAGUUGUCUUUUUGCAGAUAUUUGAGAGACCGUAGAAAAUCAGCUCUCGGAAUUCUGUAUUCCAGAGCUGUCCAUUCCAAUGUGGACAAUGUGGAAGCAGAGGGUAGCACUAUGCGCCCUUGUGGGUGUGAUGGUUUUUGGCCUAUUCCCAAAUCUUGAAGCUCAGGAUGCCCCUGGGCCAGUCGACCUUGUGCUCUUAAUUGAUGGAUCAGAGAACGUUGGAGCUGACAACUUUCCCUACAUCCGCAAUAUGGCUGUCCAAGUGAUAGAGGGGCUUGCCGUGGGCGAGGACGCAAUCCGCGUAUCUGUUAUACUUUACGCUGAUGACCCUGAGAUUAAGUUCUAUCUCAAUAGCCAUGACAACAAAGAGAGCAUUCUCACUGCUAUCCGGGAAAUUGAGUACACUGGCGGUAAUGAGGCAAAUCUCGGGGCAGCCUUGGAAAAGGUGACAAGCAGUCUGUUGGGUCCAGAAGUAGGGGGAAGGGCGGAUGAAGGGGUGCCACAGACACUGGUGGUGAUCAGUGCUGGGGAGUCCAGUGAUGAUGUCAGUCAGGGCGAUAAGGACCUAAAGCAGGCCAACGUGUACACCUUUGGCAUUGCUGUAGGUGAUUUUGAUGCUGCCCAAUUGGAAGCUAUUGCUACAGACAAAAGUUUUGUUCUGUCUGCACCUGAUGUCAGAGCGGUGGCAAACGUGGGUAACCAGAUGCUUCAAUACAUUAAUGGGGUCGCCCGGCGCACCAUUGUGGUUGAAACAGAGGUCAUAGAAGCUUCGGCUGUUGGACCAAGAGAUAUUGUUUUCCUCAUUGAUAGUAGCAUGGGUUCCACCCUUAUCAAUGCAGUGCGAGAAUUCAUCAAUAAGUUUAUUGGCACCAUGCCAAUUGGCCCCAAUCAGGUUCAGAUCGGAGUAGCCCUGUUUGGCACUACCCCAAAGAUGGAGAUCAACCUCAACUCAUUCAGUUCAAAAGAAUCCCUAACCUCUGCCCUUGCCAGAAUAAAACCCAGACCUGCCACUGAUGUCAACAUUGGUGCUGCCCUGGAUUUCAUAAGGACCGACAUGUUUACAGCUGGGAGUGGGAGCCGCAUUCAACAAGGAGUGCCACAGCUUGUGUUGCUACUGACUAGUAAAAAAUCUAAAGACAGCGUCCAGCAGCCAGCUGAGGCACUUCGUCAGAUGGGUGUACUGACUUUGGCUGCAGGCUCUCGAGCCGCUAGUGAGGAUGAGCUCAAACAAAUAGCUUUUGAUGAUAGUCUGGUUUUCAUGCUCAGGGACUUUAGAGCUUUGGUACGCAAUCCCAGAGAAAUCAUCUCCCCUCUCUCUACAUUAUCUGGUGUUGUUGUGAUAGAGACUCCAACUGAAACAGACCCACUUGUGGAGGUCACUACAAUUGAGACCCAAAAAGUUGUCAGAGACAUUCUCUUCGUGGUGGAUGGAUCCGUUCAUGUUGGAAAUGCCAACCUACCAUUUGUUCGAGACUUUAUCACUGAGGUGGUGAACAAACUAGACGUACGACCUGAGCGUGUACGCAUCGCCCUAAUGCAGUUUGCUGAGAAACAGCGUACAGAGUUUUAUUUUAACACCCACAACACCAAACAGGAUGUGCUCUCUAGCGUUGCUCAACUACGUCUAAUGGGGGGACGUUCAUUAAACACUGGUGCCGCUCUAGAAUAUGCCCUUAAUAACCAUUUCCAGGCAUCAGCUGGGUCUCGUAGGGGGCAGGGGAUCCAGCAGGUACUUGUGCUGCUGACAGGAGGUCCUUCACAAGAUGAGGUCAAGAGAAUUGCAGACCGUGUAGCUUUAGCUGGAGUUUUGACUUUUGCUGUUGGAGCUGGCCGAGUGGAAGAGAGAUUCCUGAAAACAGUUGCUUUCGUAGAAAAUUUGGCAUACUUCAGAGGAAGGUUUAGCGAAUUGUCAAGCGUGGUUGACGAAAUAAUGACACCUCUGAUCACUGUUGUUGGAGAGACUGAUACAGUUUUUACAGAAACAGUGAUUCCUCCUCCUGGUGGUGAAAGAGAUGUUGCAUUCCUGAUUGACGGCUCUGAUGAUGUCAGAGGGGACUUUAACCAUAUCCGUGACUUCAUUUCCAAAGUCAUUGCGCCUCUUGACAUUGGCCCUGAUAAAGUACGAGUCGCUGUGGUCCAGCAUAGUGAAAGACCAACCCCUAACUUCUACCUGAACACUUAUCAAACCAAAGAUGAAGUGUUGAGAGCUGUAAAUGGACUUUCUCUGGCUGGUGGCAGAAGUUUAAACACUGGUGCUGCCCUGACCUUCAUGAAAAACAACAUCUUAACACCAGGAUAUGGGAGUCGAGCAGCCCAAAACGUUCCCCAGUUUUUGAUUGUUCUGACUGGGGGAAGAUCAAGAGACAGCGUCAGGGAACCUGCAGUUGCUCUAAAGACUGAGGGAGUUGUACCCUUCGGUGUCGGAGUGAAAAAUGCAGACCGGAAACAGAUUGAGGCCAUAUCGCACAAUCCAUCAUUUGCUUUCAAUGUGAAGGAAUUCAGCGAGCUCAGCACUGUUAAUGAAAAAAUCAAGAACUAUGUGACUCUUCCAAAGGCACAACUAGAGGUCGUUCUAGAGGAAGCUGAUGACAAAGACAUAGCAAAAGAUGUUGUAUUCCUGUUGGAUGGGUCUGAUGGUACUAGAAAUGGAUUCCAUGCAAUGUGUGAUUUUCUCCAAAGAGUUGUUGGUAAACUCAAUGUGGAGGAGAGCAAAUACAGAGUAUCUGUGGUUCAGUACAGUGACAACCCAAAGGUUGAGUUUUAUCUUAAAACAUACUCAACAAAGAUGGAGGUUCUAAAUGCAAUAAAGUUGCUAAAACACAAAGGUGGAAAAGAUGCCAACACAGGGGCAGCCAUCCAGUUUGUGAGGCACCAGGUUUUCACUUCCUCUUCUGGGAGUAGACGACUUCAAGAUAUUCCUCAAAUGCUAAUAUUAUUGAGUAGCAGACCAUCUAGCGAUGAAGUAAUAGAACCUGCCAUGGCCAUAAAAGAUCUUGAAAUAGGAAUAAUAAGCAUUGGUAUAGAAAAUGCAGAUUCAGAUGAGCUGAAAGAAGUGUCAUUCCAAUCCCAAUUUGCAUAUCUUAGUAGAUUUGAUGACCUCCAUUUAAUUGAGCCACAACUAGUUUCUGCUAUUAAGAACUCCAAACAAUUUGAAGAAAUUUCAAUCAAAGGAGUUCCAGAAUCAACUGUGGAAUUAGAUGCAGCACAAAGAGACAUUGUCUUUCUCCUGGAUGGGUCUGAUGAUACUAGGGAUGCAUUUAAACAAAUAUGUCAGUUUGUUAAAAGAGUGGUUGACAAACUUAAUAUUGGACCGAGCACAGACAGAGUGUCCGUGGUCCAGUACAGCACAAAGCCACGCAUCCAAUUUGAUUUGAACACAUAUGCCACAAAGCAAGACGUUUUAAGGUCAAUUGAGAGCCUACAACACCUGGGAGGAAGUCCCCUUAACAUAGGAGGAGCUCUUGACUUUAUAAAAAACAUGUUUGUUGCCUCCUCUGGGAGCAGAAUAAAUGAGGGGGUUCCUCAGAUUCUUGUCAUUCUUACUGGAGGAAGGUCUCAAGAUGAUGUUAGAGCACCUGCUGCUGCCCUGAAACAGAACCAUAUAGUCCCGUUUAGUAUAGGCACUCAAAAUGCAGAUGUUAUUCAGCUGCAGACCAUCUCAUAUAAUCCUGAUCACACUCUUAUUGUCCCUCAAUUUGACGACCUUCAAACCAUCGAGCAAAAACUUGUAUCAUAUGUAAAAAGAGUUCCUCGUCAGCCUAGGAGGCUUCAACCAACAACAGCAGAUACCGGAAAGAGAGAUAUUGUUUUUUUAAUUGAUGGCUCUGAUGACACAAGUGAAAGUUUCUCUGAAGUGCAAAACUUUGUACAGACCCUGGUUCAGCAACUGAACGUAGCACCAGAUAAAGAUCGUGUUUCAGUGGUCCAGUACAGUGAUGACACAGCUGUUGAUUUCAAGCUGAAUGCCCAUUCAUCCUUAGAUGAUGUUUUAAACUAUGUGAAACGCCUAAGUCAUAAAGGAGGAAAGCUGCGUCACACAGGGGCAGCUUUACAGUAUGUUAAGGACAACUUGUUUACUGCUGAUGCAGGAAGUAGACAGGUGGAAGGUGUGCCUCAGGUUUUAAUUUUGAUGAGUUCUGGGAGGUCUAGAGAUGAUAUUCGUGGUCCAGCUAAAGCUUUGAGAGACACUGGUGUAAUUUCCUUAAGUAUUGGUACCACAAAUGCUGAUACGCUUGAGUUACAAACAAUAUCCCAUCAACCAAAUUACUUUUUUAUUUCUGACUUUGAAAACCUUUAUGAAGUUCAAAAGAAUAUUUUACCAUUAAUAAAAGGGCUAUCUUAUCAACAGCCGCCAACAAUGAGAUUUCGGGUCUCUGAAACUGUCAAAAGGGAUGUUGCAUUUCUUAUUGAUGGAUCUGAUGAUUCUAAUAAUGGUUUUGAGGCAAUUCGCAAUUUUAUGCAAAGAGUGGUUGAAAGUCUAUAUGUGGAUGAAGACCACGAUAGGGUGGCUGUUGUCCAGUACAGUCGAGAUUCUACAGCAAAUUUUUAUCUCAGCUCGUACUCAACUAAAAAUGAGGUGCUGAAUUCAAUACGUUCCAUAAGGCACAAAAGUGGAAGGCCACUAAACACUGGAGCUGCUUUGCAGUUUAUUAAAGAAAAUAUAUUUACACCAUCAUCUGGAGGCAGGCAUCAAGAGGGUGCAGCUCAGAUUCUGUAUCUAUUUAGUGGUGGUAGAUCCAAUGAUGAUGUGAGAACCAUUUCACAAGAAUUAAGAAAAAGCAACAUUAAAGUCUUUACCAUUGGCACAAGAAAUGCUGACACACUUGAGUUACAGACAGUGUCUUUUACACCAGCAUAUGCUUUCUUUGUUUCUGACUUUACUUCAAUUGACAGCAUUUUCCAAAGACUUGAUUCUGUUUUGACAAGUGAUAAUGAAAUUCCUGAGCAGUUUCCAACACCUAUGGUAAAGACUUCAAAUGGAAAAAGAGAUAUUGUGUUUCUUAUUGAUGGAUCUGAUGAUGCUAGUCACAGAUUCACAGCUAUACGAGAUUUUGUAGCCAGUUUGGCAGAAAUGUUUGAUGUUGGUCCAGGAAAAGAUCAAAUUGCUGUUGUGCAGUUCAGUAAUACUGCAGAAAUAAACUUUAAUCUCCGUAAGUAUUCAUCAACUCCUGAGGUGGCAGAUGCUAUAAGAAAACUUAAAUCAAAAGGGGGAAGGCCACAAUAUAUUGGCAGGGCUCUACAAUUUGUUAGAGACAAUAUUUUUUCCUCAAGAGGUGAAGAUGGUGUUGGUCAAAUGCUUGUGCUUGUGGCUGGUGGCAGAUCAAGAGACUCUCCCCGUGGACCAGCUAACUCACUCAAGGGUCUUGGGGUAGUCAUUUUUGCCAUUGGGUCAAGGCUGACAGAUCCCAUUGAAAUGGAUGCCAUUUCCACAAGUACAGAUUAUGCUUUUGCUGUUCCUGAUUUUAAAGACUUAAAAAAUAUCCACCAAAGUUUCAUGUCAAAGCUUACAGGAGUGACACACGAAGAAGACACCACAAAAGAAGUUGAUGGAUUUAAAAGGGAUAUUGCCUUUCUUGUGGAUGGUUCUGACAGUACAAGAAGAGGAUUUCAAGAAAUACGUAAUUUUCUGUACAAUGUUAUCACAAAUCUCAAUGUGGGAAUUGAUAUGGACAGAAUAUCAAUAAUUCAGUACAGCAAUGUAGCUGUUGCUAAUUUUUAUCUAAAUUCAUUCAUAAGAAAAGAUGAUGUAUUGAAUCGUGUUAAGGUGUUAAGCCAUAAAGGUGGGAGGCCCCUUAACACAGGAUCUGCCCUUCGAUAUGUGAAGGAUAAUAUAUUUACAAGUUCUUCAGGGAGUAGGCACAAAGAAGGCAUUCCUCAAAUAUUAAUUCUGCUGACUAAUGGAACAUCAAGGGACAACAUUUCAGAGGCAGCCUCUUCUCUCAAAGAACAUGGAGUAAUAAUACUUGGAAUUGGAGCGAAGGACUCAGACUCUGAAGAACUGCACAAAAUAUCAUCUGAAAAUCAAGUGCUGUCAUUUACUGAAUUCAGUGAAUUACCAAAAAUCCAGGCACAAUUAUUGGAAGCAAUGAAACCAGAUCCUACUAACAGUGAAAAAGUCUUGUUGGCUGAGAGUCAUAGACCAAAGAGAGAUGUUGUCUUCCUGCUGGAUGGAUCGGAUGGCACUAUGAUUUCUUUCCCAGCAAUGCGUGACUUUGUGCAAAGAGUAAUGGAGAAAUUAAACAUAGAGGAAAACAGAGACCGAGUUUCUGUGGUGCAGUACAGUCGAGACCCAGAGGUCCAUUUCCAUUUAAAUGCAUACACAACGAAGGAAGAUGUUUUAGAAAGUGUGAGAGGUCUGAGACACAAAGGGGGGAGGCCCCUCAACACAGGGGCAGCCCUUCAACACGUCAAAGACAAUGUCUUUACUGCCUCCUCUGGCAGCAGACGACUGGAGGGUGUGCCGCAAGUGCUGAUUUUGCUUAGCGGGGGAAGGUCAUAUGACAAUGUUGAUGCAGCAGCAUCCUCUCUGAAGGAAAUUGGAGUCUUGACCUUCGGAAUAGGAUCGAGGGGCUCGGAUAGCAGGGAAUUGCAGAGAAUUUCAAAUGACCCCAAGUAUGCUAUAUCUGUGUCUGACUUUAGUGAGCUUCCAAAUGUCCAAGAGCAGUUGCUGGCCUCCGUAGAGACGGUUACAAUACCCAUUGCUACAACAUCAUCAACUGUUAGCGCUGACUACACAACACCCAAAAAGGACGUAGUUUUUCUGCUCGACGGUUCAGAUGGCACUAGGAGUUCUUUCCCAGCAAUGCGUGACUUUGUGCAAAGAGUAAUGGAGAAAUUAAACAUAGAGGAAAACAGAGACCGAGUUUCUGUGGUUCAGUACAGUCGAGACCCAGAGGUCCAUUUCCAUUUAAAUGCAUACACAACAAAGGAAGACGUUUUAGAAAGUGUGAGAGGUCUGAGACACAAAGGGGGGAGACCCCUCAACACAGGGGCAGCUCUUCAACACGUCAAAGACAAUGUCUUUACUGCCUCCUCUGGCAGCAGACGACUGGAGGGUGUGCCGCAAAUAUUGAUUCUCCUAAGUGGGGGAAGGUCAUAUGACAAUGUUGACGCAGCAGCAUCCUCUCUGAAGGAAAUUGGAGUCUUGACCUUCGGAAUAGGAUCGAGGGGCUCUGAUAGCAGGGAAUUGCAGAGAAUUUCAAAUGACCCCAAUUAUGCUAUAUCUGUGUCUGACUUUAGUGAGCUUCCAAAUGUCCAAGAGCAGUUGCUGGCCUCCGUACACACGGUUGCAGUACCCAUUGCUACAACGUCACCAACUGGUAUGUGCAUGACAAACAUUUACGUGCUGUGCCUUUUCUGUCUAGAUGUGAAAUCGCUGAGUAGUUGUGGGCUGUGGGAUAAUCACCAACCGCUUAGAUAG